AUGAGUUGUUUAAGAAGCAUCUCGCUGUCGGUACCUCCGCACGCCCUUUCGACGUUCAGCAGAACGGGAAUGUUAUAUGUUAUGUAUGUCUUGCUUCUUCUCAUGCCCUAUCCGCUGCAAGUGCACGGCGCUCCAGCAAACAUCAACGUUAAGGUUUUACUUUGUACCUGGAACACGCGUGUACCAAAAAUUUUCACCACCGCAGUUAACGCUGGUUUCAAUGCGUCAAUGGAAUCACGCAAUUGGACCAUAGCCGACAGGGUGAAGGUGCAGGUAGUUCAAUCCAGUACGAGUCACAAAACCCCGGAAGAAUUUAUCAAAGACGAGUUGAGUAAGGAAACAGACAAGAGUGGCAUCACGAUUGUGUUUGGCCCCGUAGGUGACGACACUACGCUGGAUUCUAUUUCUGAGUUGCAGAAGCACGAGGUGGUUGCGUUCGGUCCCAUGACUGGAUCUGGAGAGGUUCGGCGGUGGGUUCGUGAGCUCUAUUUUCUACGCCCAAGCCCAACAAUCGAAACCAUGGUGCUCAUUCGACAUGCAUUGGGUCAUCUAGGUGUAUUGCGACUGGGUUUCAUGUAUCUGCAGGGCCAUCAUUAUGGAGAGAAAGAGUAUGAGGUGGCAUUGCGGGUAAUGGAAGAAAUGGGCUACCAACUUUGCGGUGUCUUUGUUGUGUUAAAUGUUAACGAUAAACCCGCACCCGACAAGGAAUUCAACGCAGUGUUUGAGCGUUUUGCAGCUACUAAGCCACAGGCUGUGCUUUUGUUUGGUGCUCCCAAAUCCGACACGGGGAGGUUCCUGAGGAAGUUGGUGGCGGACCGACGCACCUCUGGGGCCUACGUCCUCGCUCCCUCUGGGGCGCAGGUGUUUCUGGAACUUAUGUGGAAACGAGUUCUGCUUGACAGUCAAGUCUCCCCCUUCCCCGGGAAGCUGCUCAUUGCUGGCACCAACCCACUUGCGAAGAACGAACAGUACGUGGCCAUAAAACGCUUUCAAGAGGUGAUGCGAGAGUAUCUGAAGACUCACACCAGCGAAACGGGCAUCACGGACCCGAACUACUUCUUGAAACAUGACACAGAUGGUGAAAUGAUGGUGUACGGCUGGGCUGCUGGCGAGGUGCUGUCGCAGGCGCUAAGCGUCCCUGAGUGGCUCAAGGACAGGACAACAUUCAUGGACUCGCUGUAUAAUCAGCGCCGAUACGUUAUUGCUGACUUUGUAAUUGGCGACUUCGGUGGUGAUUGCGAAGGGGAAGCAGCCAAGCAGGGUGCCGUCUGUUAUUGCAACCAAGGUGGAAAUGUGGUGUACGUGAGAGAGGUUGAGGAUGAUUUCAGCAUGCAAACGCCGAAAGAUGGCACGGUGGGACUGGCCGCACUGCGCUGCAAUGCUGACUCGGUAACGCUACAUUCCCCAUUGAAUGGGCUUGUUAUUUUCUUUGGUGACAACACAAUUGCCGUGAAAGCGACCGCGGCGUGGCUUGUUGGCGCCCUCCGCCACGAUACCGGGUCACUAGAGUAUUCAGGCCAACUCUUUCUGCACGCAUUUGGCACCACCACAUCUGACUCUGCGAAGGCCCUGAAGGAAGAGAAGAAAAAACGAACUGUCACCGCCGUGUUCGGCAUUGUGACGAAAGCGCUUAUGAAAAUGACCAACACGCUGUUCAUUGACCCAAUAACAAUUGAACCCCAGUUGAACAAGUUCCGGAGGCAUGUGAUUCACCUCUCCCCAACGGUGGAGCAGCAAAUCUACGUGCUAACACGCUACCUCUCCAACAACAGUGGUAAAGAGGCAAAUGCCAUUGUUUGCGCUGCAGAAGCGCAUGGUAUAAUGAAGGUUAUCCGAAAGUCCUUGGAAAAGUGGGGAGGUUCGCUGAAUAUCUCACUGGUGCGCAGGAGGGGUGCCGCGCUUACCGGCCACCUUCCCACCAGCGGGGCAGUGUUUGUUUUCGGUAUAUCUGCCGCUGACGUUGAUGUGAUUGAGAGGCACCUCGCUGCGCAUAGUGAACUUCGUGUGCUUGUCCUUUUCUCCGAGGUGGCAUUGCUUUAUGAGAAGUUUGUCACGGCCUUCAACGGCAGCGCCGCGGCCCCUCGCCUCGUGUUUGCCACCAACCUUCCACACUGGUAUGACAAUGAAACAUCGUCACCAACAAUCCUGAAGUUUCACGCCACAGUGGAGAGCCGAGAAAAGUGGACGCCAAUGACACUAAUGGGCUUCGUUACCGGGACGCUGAUGAGUCUGGCGCUCUUGCGCGUGGAACGGGUAAACAUGAGCACGCUUGCAAACUUCUUCUUCGUUGAAUCCUCCGUAAAUGUCGACGACAUGCGGUAUGGCGUCUUUAGCGACUCGGAGUGUGGUUCGGGGGAAACCGGAUAUGGCGAUAUGUGCCGCACCAACUAUGGGGCGACGCGCAUUAGUGUGUGGUCCAUGUCGCGUGUAUUUAAUGCUUCAAUCGAGCUGCUCGCCGAGCCCGUGACACCUUCCUUGAAGUUUUUAUUGGAGUGGGACGGGCUUACCAGGGCUCAGCUGGUAGGAAUCAUUGUCGGUUCCACCCUCUUCGUGAUGCUGCUUGCUGCGCUCGGUGUUUUUAUGCACAUCACCUUACGUGAUGCCCGCGAUAAUGUGAGUGCACCUAUGGACCCGACGGACCCCGUGACGCUCAUCUUCACGGAUAUUGAAAACAGCACGUCGCAGUGGGCCUCACAUCCCAAUGUCAUGGCCGAUGCCGUUGCCGCGCAUCACUCUCUGAUACGGACACUAAUUGGGAACUAUGAUUGCUACGAAGUGAAGACCAUAGGUGACUCUUUCAUGAUUGCGAGCAAGAGUGCCACGGCGGCAGUGAGGCUUGCCCGCGAUUUGCAGCGCUGCUUUCUAAACUACCGUUGGGGUACGGACAGCAUCGACAACUUCUACCGUGCUGAGGAAAAACAAGUGGCUGAGUUGAACAGCAAGGCCGAACCCCCGAGCGCCCAACUGGACCCCGAAGUGUACAGGAAACUGUGGAAUGGCCUCCGCAUCCGUGCUGGGAUCCACACCGGGUUGUGUGAUAUUCGGUACGACGAGGUGACGAAAGGAUAUGACUAUUACGGUCAAACGGCAAACAUGGCUGCCCGCACGGAGAGCAUUGCGAAUGGUGGACAAGUGCUUCUGACACGUGCAACGUACUUCUCUCUAAGUACAGCGGAACGUGAGCAACUUGAUGUGACUGCACUUGGUUCCGUGCCACUGCGGGGUGUACCCGAACCCGUGGAAAUAUAUCAACUGGAUGCUGUUCCUGGGCGAACCUUUGCGCCGCUGCGUCUAGAUCACGAGGCAUAUGUGGCGGAUGAGAGCAGUGAUGUUUCCCAUACGACCUUCAACGACUGCAUGUCAAUUUCCUCUCAACUAGGAGCAGGUGGGGAAAGUGUUUCCAAUGUUUUGCACGCCCUACUCGGCACAUUCACAAUUGUUCAGCGGCAGAAGGAAUUGACGGCAAUAUGUGAGCGCUGGCGUGUCCCUCUUCCACCCUGGAAGGAAGCCGUGUGGAAUGAUGAAUAUUAUCAGGAAGCUAUACAUCGCCUUGCAGUUAAGGUGGGUCACAUUGUCGAUGUCGCCGCAGUCGAGCGUGUUGGACGCCCUACGGAAUCAUCGGACAGCUCCUCCGUCAUUUUGAUUUCUAAUCCUGCGGUGGAUCAAUCCACGGAAGAUUUGGAAGGCGAUGCUUUUGAAUGCGGUUGGGAGGAAAAGGGGAAGCAGUAG